AUGAUAAAGAUUAAUUGCAACUAACUCUUUUCAAACUUAGCUCUUCUUCUUUGUGAUAUAGGUCGGAUUGAUAGAGCAAUAAUAGAUUGUAAUUAAAUGAUAAGGAUUAAUAAAAAUGAUGGUAAUGCUUAUUUUAACUGUUGUAUUGAACAUUUUGAAAAAAGGGUUUUAUUUGAUCAGAUAGAUUAGAAAUAAAUAAGCCCUUAAUUAUAAUAAAAAAAUUGAAAUAAAUUCAAUCUAUUCUAGGGCUCUAAUAAAUAGAAGCGAGAUUUUGAUCAAAUGUUAGGUUUAUUAUUUUGGAGAAAGUAAAAAAAAACAAAAAAAGACUGUAUUUCUGGUUUAUAAAUAUGUCCAAGUAAUCCUCCUUAUCUCGCAAUAAUUGGAGAUUUGCAUUAUCAAGAUUUUUAAUAUUAAAAAGUGCAUUAUCAUUUCACUCAAGCUUUAAAAAUAUUGAAGGAAUGUAACUUGGAGAUCAAGUUAAACGGAAUUAAUAGAUAGAUACAUAUGUUUCAUAAAAUUAUAACUAUAAAUUUUAGAAGAAAUAGAGUGUGAUAUCAUAAAGGCAAAAAAGCAAAUAUCUCUUCUGCCUAAUUCAUCUGCAUAAGAUCAAAAUCAAGUGAAUGAAUAUUUCGAGAGAGUUGAGAGAAUAGAAAGAUCAGUUACUGUUAUAGUUUUGCCAAACAAUGAAACAUAGAGACCAGAAAUGCAAUAAAAUAUGAUCAAACAAUUCUAAAAUAUAUAAUAAUAACUAAAAGAAUUAUAAAAACAGUUUUAAAAAUAAAAUGAAGUUAUUAACAGGAUAUAGAAUUUAGAUAAUAUCUAAAUAGAAUUUAUGAUGGAGGAGUUGAAAAAACCUAAAAAUAAGCGUUAAUUCAUAUAUUAUAAAUCAUUAUUUAGAGAUUUUACUUCUAUAUGCAUGCUUUAGGAAAUUUCAAAAAAUUAAUUUUAAGUAAAUAAAGAUGCCUUUGUUGAAAGUACUUCAGAAAAAGGUCUUAAGUUUAAUCUAAAAUUCUUUGAAAGCUGGAUCCAAAAACUUAGAGCUAUUGCCAAUUAUUGGAGGAGCAUUUAAUAUUAUUAAUUCUGUAUUAGAUUAUGGAGUAGAAUAUCAAAAGGAAGCUAAGUUUAAAAGUAGGAUAAUUCUUUUGAUUAAUAUUAUGAAAAUAUUUGCAGCAACUCUUACUGAAUUAGAGAAGGAAAUAUAAUUUGCAGCAAUCAAAUUAAGUAAAUUUGAAGAGCCUGGAUUACGGGAAAUACAGAUAUCCAAAUUCAUAUAAUUUGUGGAAAAAUUAUCUUUAUUAGAAAAUUCUUCAGAAUAAUAUAGCAGAGAUCCUUAUUGGAAGAAAGGAACAGCAGAUUCUUUAAAACUUUAAAAAUAUUUAGAGGAGAAUAAUGAUAUGAUUAUUAUAGAAGAUUAGGAUAAAAAACUAAGGCAAAUAUUGAUUGAUGCUCUACUGAAAAAUUACAAUUCAAUUUCAAAUAAAAUGAAUAAAUCUGAAAAUAAGACUUCUAAGAAUAAGGAAGAUAAUAAUAAAUGCAACAUAUAAUGA